CCUUCUGUCAACACGCACAACCGCCCCACCCCCCGUGGCCUGAGCUGUCCUGCCUCGCCACAAUGGCACCCGCCCCAAAAUAGCUUCCCAUGUGAGGGCUAGAGAAAGGAAAAGAUUAGACCCCUCCCUGGAUGAGAGAGAGAGAGAGAGAGAAAGAGAAGGAGGGCAGGGGAGGGGAAGAGCGAGCCAUCAAGUGAUCUUUGUCAAGCACCCCAGAAGACUGCACCAUGGGGCUCAGCGACGGGGAGUGGCAGUUGGUGCUGAACGUCUGGGGGAAGGUGGAGGCUGACAUCCCAAGCCAUGGGCAGGAAGUCCUCAUCAGCCUCUUUAAGGGUCACCCUGAAACUCUGGAGAAGUUUGACAAGUUCAAGCAUCUGAAAUCAGAGGAUGAGAUGAAGGCAUCUGAGGAGCUGAAGAAGCAUGGCGUCACCGUGCUCACUGCUCUGGGUGGCAUCCUGAAGAAGAAAGGGCAUCAUGAGGCGGAGUUGAAGCCCCUGGCACAGUCACACGCCACCAAGCACAAGAUCCCCGUCAAGUACCUGGAGUUCAUCUCGGAUGCCAUCGUCCACGUUCUGCAGAAAAAGCAUCCUGGAGACUUUGGUGCCGAUGCCCAGGGGGCCAUGAAAAAGGCGCUGGAGCUGUUCCGGAACGACAUGGCCGCCAAGUACAAGGAGCUGGGGUUCCAGGGCUAGGCUUCUGCUGCCCCCACCCCCACCCACCUGGGCCCCGGGGUCCAGGGAAGGGCGGGGUCUGAUCUCGAGUAGCCUUGUAGAAUUUGCUUCUGAGUGUCUGCUUUGUUUGGUAGAGGUGGGCAGGAGGAGAAGCUGAUGGGCCGGGGCUGGGAUGCCGAAGUUGGCUUCACGUGCCCAGCAGUGGGCCUCCCCGUGGAAUGUCACCACCCGGGAGCUGGGAGCGGCCGUUGGCUCACCGUGUUCUGCAUGGUUUAGGUCGGACUUCACUGUCCUUUGUUCUAAAUCCCACCCUAACUUCUUCCAACCUCCAAACUGGCUGUAACCCUGAAUCCAAGCUAUUAACUAUGCCUGACAGUAACAAGUCUUUGACUCAUCACCAGUCCCUUGAAGACAGCAGAAUGUCCCUUUCCCGUGAGGAGGAGAUCUGAGCCGGGCAGGGUAGCUGGGGAAGCAUUUGAGCAUCUGGAACAUGUGUGGCGGUGACUCACCUGGUUUUAAUAAAACACCCUGCAACACCUCA